AUGUCGAUGGGAUUGAACUGGCCCGAGCGCAAGACCCCAACGAUGAGAGAGCCCGCAGGGCAUGAGAAGAGCAACGGAGGAAAGCUUGAAGAUGACGCCCACAGGGCUCGGAAUGGGGAUAAGAAGCAGAAAAGAAGGCCUGGAAGGCGGAUGCGCGACCAGGAGAUUAUAGAAGGGAAGACCGGUGCGAGCGACGGGUACAAUGGUGGACACGGGGCGAGGUCCAAGACAUGGAGGCUUGCAUGCCUCUCAGGGGCGGCUUCUACGCCAGUCGCGGCCCAGCAGUGGAGGAUUCUUCGGUGGCUUGGUUCCGCGAGGGUUUCGGAAGAGAAAGACGGUGGUAUGCACUUCCAACUUUGGGCAGGAGUGAGCCAUUCGCGGUACCGCCAUCUACAUUUCCAAACAUUCAAGACAUUCCCCCUCAUUCCUGGACACACGCUCCCACGUCGCCCAGCCCACCCGGAUGGUGAUUGUUUGUUUGUCUGGAUCGCACUCUUCUCCCCUCCCCUACCUCACUCAAACGCUUCAUACUCACAGUCUCCCGUGACUCUCGAGGUGCGGUCUGGCUUCUGUGCACGGUCCCGUUGA